CAUCUUGGAGCGUUGCCUCCUGACCUGUGCCUUGGAGCCACUCGAGCACUCGACCCCGUCGCCGAGCCUGCUGCUUGCGCUUGCGUCCACCAUAGAAGCUACCACAGGGCCGGGAAUGGCGAUGACGACCGCCGCCACCACCACCACCACCUUGGAGGACCUCCCCGCCGACGUGCUGGCCUGCGCGCUGCGCCGCCUCGACGGCCGCUCCCUGGCCGCCGCCAGCUGCGCCACCGCGGGGCUCCGGGCGCUCGCCGCCGACCCGGAGACGUGGCGCGCGCUCUGCCUCGCGCGCUGGCCCUCGCUGCUGCAAGCCCGCCCCGGCCUCCUCCUCGACUCGGCCGUCCCGCCACAGCGCCUCUUCGCCGACGCCUUCCCGUUCCCCUGCCUGCCGGCGGACAACGCCGCCGCCGCCGCCGCUGCUCCCCUCGCGGAAGCCGACGAGGCGCCUGUUGCGCUCCAGCUCCCCGCCGAGCUCGUCUCGGCCGUGGACGUGUACCACCGCGGCGCGCCGCUGCUCUCCCGCGUCGUGGAGACCCACGCGUCGUCGUCCUGGUUCCUCACCUCGCCGUUCCGCGUCGACGCCGUCGAGUGCGGGAGCCCCGCGCCCGGCCCCGGCCGCGCCCCCGCGGAGCUCGAGCUGAGCUGGGUCGUGGUCGACCCCCGCGCCGGCCGCGCGGUCAACGUGUCCAGCCGCCGGCCCGUGGCCGUCGACCGGCACUGGUACACGGGCGAGGCGCUGGUGCGCUACGCGGUGGUGCUCGGCGGAUGCAAGCUCGAGGCCACCGUCACCUGCUCCGAGGACGCGGGGAGCAUCAGGGAGAUCAGCCUGGCGGCCGAGGACGCCGACGGCGCGGCCGUCAGCGGCGAGGGCACCCUGCGGCUCCUCGCGGCGGCGAUGGCGGGGCCCAGGAAGGGAGGGGAGGAGCAGGAGGAGGCGGCCAAGCGGAGGUACGAGGAGUUCGUGAGGAGCAAGAGGGGCAGGAAGGAGUCCAAGGCCAGGAAGGAGGUGCUCGUCGACCUCUGCUGCUCCGGCGUCAGCGCCGUCGCCGUUCUCAGCUUCAUCGCCGCCGUCGUGCUCCGGUAGUAGAGCGAGCCACAGUUGAGGGCGAUCCAUCUCAUCAAUCAUCAUCGACGAGUCCUUAGCAAUGCACAUACUGCCUACAUCUGGGAGAGUAUAGUGCAAGAGUUCCUUUUCUUUUCCAUUUGGCUAUAAUUUAGUACAAGUAGGCAUUAAGUCAUACAUGAUACAUGUAUGGGAAAUUUUCAAGUGAAGAAAAAGAGAGAGAGAGAAAGAUACAUGACUCUCACGGUCCAACCUUACAUAUUUCUUCAGUCACGUGGGAACUAAUAAAUUGAUUCCUGUGAGAUUUCUGUAAA